AUGGGCCAAGUGCCAAUGGGUUAUCAAACUGUUGCUAUUAACCAGAGCAUGAAAGAACUUGUAAUUUCUUCAAAGAAGAAGAAAAAAGGAGUGGAACAUUCAAAUAUUGUACCAGAACCAGUGCAUUUGGAGGAUCUUCAAAAGAUGUUUGAAGGCAAAUUGACAAUUGUCAACAGAUUGACUUUUGAAUUUUCUGAUCAGUUACAGGCUCAUCAAAUUAUCCAGAACCCUGUGACCAAAAAAUACCAUUUGCUGGCUGCAAUACCAAAAACACAGGCAGCUUACAACUUUACCUGUUCACACCUUAAUGUUGAUAUUGUAACUUUUGAUCCUGGGAACAAAUAUCCUAUAAAACAUCAGAGGAAAAUGUACAAUUUUGCUGCAAGACGUGGAUUAUAUUUUGAAUUAUUGUACAGCCCUGCUGCCAGUGAUGGUGCUACAAGACAACACGUUAUUACAAGAGGACAUAUGUAUUAUUAUUUUGGUAAAUCAAAAAAUGUGCUAAUAUCGAGUAAUGCUUCUGUGCCUCUCCAGUUAAAAGGGCCAUAUGAUGUAAUAAACAUAGGCUUACUGUUUGGCUUGAGUGAAGAGCAGAGUAAAUUUUCUAUAUCAGAAGCUGGAAGAAAAGUAUUACAGCAUGGAGCAUGUAGAAGACUUGGGAAGAUUGCACCUGUUCUUGUAGAACACUCUGUUCAAAAUUCUGAGGACCAUACUAAUGAUAAUGGUGAAGAUCAUGAUGAAGAUAACAGUGGAUCUGUAAAGAAAAGACCUCGCAUAUCAUGACGUUACAUUUUUUUUUUUAUUGUUACUGUGUUUAUGCUGUAUUAAAUUGUUUUAUUGAAUA